GAGCAGACAUCGAUCGACUCUCGAUUGCUUCGGGCUGGCCGGCAGGGUGAAAGUUGAAAGUUCGUCCACAUCUGAAAACAGGGCACACGUGCAGGCUCAAGAGUCACCGGUGCAACAGUAGCACCACCUGCAGCGAUGGCUGCCGUCUACUCCGGUAUCCAUCUGAAACUGAAGAGUCCUCAGACUCCGUGGGAGGACAAGCUGAAGCUGGCACGUUUUGCAUGGAUCUCCUCUCAGUGCCUGCUGCCCAACAAGGAACAGGUGCUGUUGGACUGGUGCACCCAUGCUCUGUGGGGCUGGUACAAUCAGAAGGUGGAGUUUUCUCAGGGUGUACUGGAAGGCCUGUGGUGUUAUCUCGAUGACCUCCUUCAUAGCCGGAAGCUCCACUCACUUCUCAAGAAGGGCAAGACCAUCAGCCUGAGGCUCAACAUGGCACAGCUGCUGCUUGACCGUCUCCAGGAGUGCGCACGUGUCGGCUCCAAAUCACUGGUGUGUGUGUCCACCAUACUGAGUGUGUGUCAGGGCAUUCUCUCCUCUCCUGUGCUCUCGUCUGUCUUCACCACCAAGUAUGAACUCAUGGUUGAUCUGCUGGCCAAGCUGUGCUCCUUGGCCUGCUGUGAGCUACAGCAGCCACUGCUCACAGAGACAGUAAUGACUGAGUCCGUCACAUGCCAAGACGAGGUGACGACAGGGUGUCCUCAGACUGAGCCUGCUACCAAUUUGGACAGUUUGGACACUCCCCCAGAUCACCCAGAGUUAGAUACUAAUAAAUCCCCUUCCAAGCCAAAUGAAAAGCUACAUUCAUCCAGUUUGUUUGAGGUGUUGCUUCAGGUGUUGUCAUGUUAUUUAUCCGUUCAGCGACAACAAGCCAACCCUAACAGAGUCUUUACUAUGGUAACCAACCAGCUGAUCCAGUUGUUAGUGCUACUCAGACACCUGCUGACUUCUGGGGAAUAUGCACACCUGCGUCUCCGUCAGCAACUGUGCAAAGACAUUCGCGUCAAGAUAGACUCCAUCCUUCAGGUUGCGCUCUUCGCCUCUGAGCACAUGACCUCCUACAAGGAAGAGCUUCUUCCAUCUAAAGAGGAUUCUGGGAAACGUGGUCCAGGAGGGGCAAAAGGCCCCUUGAAGCCAGUCAGUGCCGUACUUUCCAAACUGAGCGCUCAGGGCUACUGUGAACCGCCCCUACACUACUCUGUAAAGUCCAACACAUUGUCUCUGCUGUUUAAAUUUUUUGUGGAAAGCUACGGAAAAGGAAAAGGAGAGAGAGAGGAAGAGCAGAGGAUGCUGUGUUUCUAUUUUCUCACCAGGCUGGUCCCAGCCUUGGAUCUAGGUCUCGAGGGACACUCAUUCUCACCUUCAAAAAUAGACCAGCCAGUCUCUGUGUCCCCUGGGCAGAAGUCUCCCCCAGCCUCUCUCUGUUCCCCAGAGAGCUGGAGCCUGGCCCUGCUGGCUGUAGAGUCCCUGCUAAGCCAGGCUCUGUCAGCUAAUAUUUAUAAUGUAGCAGCGGACAGGAUACGACACAGGGAAGUCCAGCUCAACUUUUACAGAGCCCUGGGACAAACACUCUUCAACCAGGCCCAGCCGAGCAUCCCAGCAUGGUACCGCUGUUUGAAGGUGUUGUUGAGUCUCAACCAUCUGAUUCUUGAACCAGACCUGGACCAGCUGUUAUCUUCAGCCUGGGUUAAUUCUGAAUGCAUGGAAGCACGAGUGCAGCGAGCCAGACAGCUCAUGGUGUGCAGUCUCCUCCAGACCUACAGUAAGCUCCGUCAGCUCCCUCACCUCUUCUCCGAGCUCCUGUCUGUGCUCUGUCAGCCGGCCCUGGAAGAACUCCGACCUCCUCUGCUGUCUGAGGGUGUCUCUGCCUCCCUCAGGAGCUGUCUUCUGGACACGCCACCUUCCCAGGGCCUAGAGAUCUGCUCAUUAGUAUUGGAGAGCAUGAGGAGAUACAUAUUUCCUGACCUGGUAAAGGAAGAAAAAGAGGCAGAGAGGAUGGAGAUUGAUGGAGGAGGAGGAGAUGAUGAAGGAGAGAAAAGAGAGGUUAAGGUGUACCAAGAGAGACAAGAUUCAUCUCUGAAGCUCUUCUCCCUCAGCCAGCUCCUUCAUGCUGUUUUAUUUAGUCUGAGGACUCUAGACAAUGCAUCCCCUCUUCCCUUAGUCAGGCAGAGUCAAGCCCUGAUGAAAGAGAUGCAGCAAGUAGUAAAGGAGUUACUUCAGCUGUUGUCAACAGAAGAGAAACCUGUAAAAACAAAUGUAAGUUCAGUUCAAAAGACGCCAAAGAAAGGCAAAAAGAAUUCAGAGAAGGUCUUAGAGUCUAAAACAGGAGCACUGUGGGAACAGAAGACCCAGGAAGCCACCCUUCUCCUCAGGUACACUUGGGUGGAAGUGGACACACUUUUUGAUAUCCACUGUAGUAAAUACACAUCUCUUGAUUCAGCCCAGAUGGCAGCUGUAAGUGAGACCAAAGACAAAGCUCUUUCUGCUGCUUCGGUCCUAACCCACAUAGAGAGUCUUAUAUCUGGGGGCAUUUUACCAGCACGUCUCCAUCCCUCGCCCUCCUGCAGCCCCAUGAGCUGUUUGCUGCUCAAACUCCUCACUUUACAACAGAUGAAGAAAGUUUUGUUCAGUAGCACCUCACUCUGUGACCCCGGCACCGCUGUUGUGUUAAACAGGGCAGCCCAGUUUAUUUUAGCUGAACUGAAGCUUGACGUGAGUCUGGAUGAAGAGCAGGUGUGGGACGGGCAGAUUGGCAGUGUGAAUGCCAGCUCCUUCUUUGUCGCACACUGGCAUCUUGUCACAUCCAAUCUGCCUUUGAUUGCUCCCUAUCUGAGAGGAGAAGACAUGGGCUGCAUAGCAAAUGUUCUUGUCAAAUCACUCCUGAGCAGACAGACAGACGGAGGGAAGGACUGGCCGCCCAGCUGUCUGACUGUCUCCCUCAUAUCUUCGCAGCUUCUCCAAAGCCCAGUUCUUCCUGAGUUGCCUUCACUUUUCUCUGCCACAGUUUGUUCCCUCACACACAGGAUUAAUGGUGUACUCAGGGUGGCACAGGCACCCAAGGUUUGUGCUACACUUACAAAGUUUCCGGAAGAAGGAAUUGAUGCCAGUCAAUCUCUGUCUAAACUGGUGAAAAAGGAGACUAUAGUUGAGGAUAUAUUGACGUCCUCUAAGACUGGAGAGGUGUUUGUAUCCCUGACUGAUACACAGACCAAGGAACUGAUGAACUUACUCCAAAUCCUGACAAACUUAAACUCAGAUGGGAUGAACUCUGAGGAUCUCUCGUCCAUUUUCCUCGUCCUCCUCUUCAUGCUCACCUCCACCUCCAGCCAGUCAGACCAUGUGGCUGUGGAUCGUCCUGACUCUGGAGGUGAUGUCUUAUUCCUGGUGAAGCUGCUCCGGCUCUUGACCUGUCUUGUGGAGAGUAGAUACUUCCAAAGUGUUUUGAAGCUAAUUCACGGAGGUACUCUGCUGCAGGCUGCUGUGUCUUCACUCCUCUGGCAUAGCAACAGUGGAAGACUUCGAGCCACGUGCAGCCCCGAUUGGCUGGAUUUAAUCAAAGCAGUGCAGGAAUUCAUCAGGUCUGUGGUCCAGUUGAUUAUAAACAGAAACAGCAGUGUUCGACUCAACCUGGACCAAUUUGCCUCCUUUCUUACCAGUAAGGAAACAGCAAGCAGGCAAAAUGCUGCACCCAGUUCAGCAGCUGUUUCAGGUAAACCAGAUCCAGGGGCAUCCAUGUUGUCUGUUCAUCUUGUGCUGGCAUCGCUGACUUCUUUUGCCGAGGCUGUGAACUCUAACCUGGGAAGGAAUAAAACAAUUGAUCAAACCUUGACCCAAAUGCUCACAAGAGCGACUGCGUCUCUGGGACCAGCUGUUGAGUCUGUCCUAAAGCCCCAGUCUGUCAGCGAAGCAGUGGUGCAGCCGGUCAGCAUCCUUGGUCAAGCCUUUGUGGUAGAAGUGGUCACUGUCAUGCUGCACUGUGAGCUAUCCUCAUUGUCAGUGGAGGACCAGAACGACGGGGAGGACACCAAGAUCACCCUGAGCCAUGUGACCCUCUAUCAGGGCUUCUGCCAGCAGAUCCUCAGAGAAAUAAGCUCUACCCUGAGGCCCAGGGACUUCCUGGUUUCCUCUCUUCAUUUCCUGUCUGCUUUCUACAAAGCAGUGGAGAGGACAAAUGGAAAGAGGGAGAAGGAGCAAGGAGAGGAGGAGAAGGGAGGAAAGGAGUUGGAUGAGCUGUACAUCCAGAUACUGCAGAAUGUAAACAGACUGCUGACAGCUCCUUGGCUGUCCUCAAAUGAUGUUAGUGAGCUGGAGCCAGCUGUGCAGGAGCUGCUGUGCCACCUGGUGGAGAAAAGUACCACAAGUCAGUUCAACCUGCUGCUCCUGAUGAUCAGAGAGGGACUGGACGUCGGCAAGCUGAGGGCUGGAAACUACAGGGAGGUGCUGUCUGCAGUAACCAUCAUUAAGCUACUGUCCUGUUGUCAGUUACCCGAGUCAUGCUCUAAAGCUUUGUGGUUUAUUGCACCACAGAUUAUAUCUGCCAUGGUGUUCUUGGUGAGAUCGUCCAGUCAGGACGCCUCUCUGACACUUCCCUUUAUCGUUCCUACGGUGACGUCAAUGACGUCACUGCUGCGCCAGGGGGAGGGGCUCAUCACCAACCCUCAUCAUGUGAUCUUGGUCCUCGGAGCGCUGCAGUCGGUGUCCCUCGACCACUUGACCCCACUCGCCUACCACUCAGUGUUCCUGGCUGUUCAUGAGGCGCUGUUUGCCAUCAUCCAGUGUCAUCCUCAGGUGAUGCUGAACGCAGCUCCGUCUUUCUUAAAUGUCUUCUACUGUCUGGUGGCAUCCAUCAUGCAGGAGGGUCGGCAGAGAGGAGACAGUGACACAGGUCCAGAUAGUGAUGUUUAUCUCCAGUGCUCCAGAUUGACAGAGAGGAUGUACUCUCACAUCGCCGCUACAGCCGAGAGCUUCACCACGCUGUCGGCCUUCAUGGUGGCUCAGUACGUCACAGAGCUGCAGAAGGUUACUCUGCGACCGGACAUUAAGCUGCAUCUGACUGAGGGGAUCUAUCAGAUCCUGGACCUGUGCAUGGAGCAGGAUAUCAAGUUUCUGGCGGCCGGACUGCAGACGGGAGUCAGAGAGGUGUUCAAUGAGCUGUACGGCAGCUAUACCCACUACCACAAAGCACAGAGGCAAGGAGAGGACAAGUACACUGUUUGAACUGUCACAGCAGGCCUCAGUUUAGCUUCCCAUUUAAUUAGACUGGAAUACAUGUUCUUGCUAUAGAAAGACCACAACAACUUGUGGAUAUCACAGUUGGAGGGUUGAUACCAGACCCACAGGCAUCAGGAACAGAACUGCACUGUCUGAUGUAACUGGGUAAUAUUUGUUUUCUGGAAAUAGGUAGAGAAACACAAAGCUGUCUGCAGGUAGAUUAUUAUUGUUUCACCCUGUCCCUUAAACAUGCAGCACAUGACUGACCCUGACAGAUGAUGCGUGUAAAAUGUUGUUUAAAUUAUAAUUUAAAGGAACUGGUUUCAAUGAGGUAUAGUUAGCUUUUUACUGAACUGAUGAAGAAAAUAUGAAUAUAUGUAUGAAUUGUACUUUAUCUUGUCUAAGUUACUUGUUUUUUUUUUUUUUUUUACCAAAACAAAAUCAUUUAACAAAGAUAAAUUUAAAUUCAA